AUGUUGAAGGUUUUCAUAGUGCUGGCAACGGUGGCGAGCAUCGGGCGCGCCCUGCAUUACGGGGACGACGGCAUCGACGUGAAGAUCAACGUGGAGAAGACGUCGAACUCGUAUCUGGCUGGCCGGCUCCCGCAAGGCUCGUUCGAGUACGGGCUCGACGUGGUGAAGCAGAAGGACAACCACUUCCAGCACAAGGUCAAGGGACCGGACGACGUAACGUACGGGUGCUAUGGGUUCGUCGACCCCGACGGUAAGCCACACCUCGUGCACUACGUGUCCGACCUGAAGGGUUACCGCAUCGUGCCGCCGGAUCACGCGACCAAAAUCUACAUCUCGCGGCUCGAGCGCAGCAUUAACAACGUUUACCAGGCGUCGCAGGAGAAGAACGUCCAGUGGAAGGACCUAUUCUUUCCGCCAGCCUGCAAGCAGCUCUACAGCGAGGUGAAGGUAGCGGCGCCCACUCCCAAGCCCACAACCCGGCCGACAACUCGCCGCCCCGUGACCACGACCCGCCGUCCGACGACUCCACCGCCCGCAACCGAGCCCGAGGUGGCUGCUUCGAGCGACCGCUGUCCGUCGGUGGUCCAAGCACCGGGUGCAGCCCCACAGCAGCCAGCCUGCUCGUCGGUGUGCGCCGAGCUGAAGGACGAACUGAAGGACAUCAAGGCGAAGCUGAAGAACCUGCUCGAUACGCUGGCCGAGAAACCGUCGGCGAAGGCGAAGCCCGGUCAAGAUGCCAAGUUUGCUUACUUCCCCGUUAUGCUCAGCGACGGGCUUCCGGACGGAGUCGACCCCAAAUCGGCUCCGUUUGCCUUCCCGGCACUGCAGUGCGGCCGGCAGUAG